CCAUGACGAGCUCAGGAAAGGAGAACUCUCGGAUGAAGAGCUACAAGAACAAGUCUCUGAAUCCAGAUGAGAUGCGGCGAAGGCGAGAAGAGGAGGGGCUACAGCUGCGCAAACAGAAGCGAGAAGAGCAGCUGUUCAAGCGAAGAAAUGUCGCAACUGCAGAAGAAGCCCCCGAAGAUGAGGGGAUGGCCGAUGGAAACCUUCACGAAUCGCAGAUGAAUAACAUGGAGAUGGCUUCGAGCGGGGUCAUCAGCGCCGACAUGAUAGAAAUGAUCUUCUCAAAUAACCCAGAACACCAGCUGACCGCCACACAGAAGUUCCGAAAACUCCUAUCGAAAGAACCCAACCCGCCUAUAGACGAAGUCAUUGGCACGCAAGGGGUGGUGGCCCGGUUUGUGGAGUUCCUGAAGAGGAAGGAAAACUGCACAUUACAGUUUGAAGCGGCAUGGGUACUAACGAACAUCGCCUCAGGCAACUCCCUGCAGACCCGAAUAGUGAUCCAGUCCGGGGCCGUCCCCAUCUUCAUCGAACUGCUCAGCUCAGAGUUUGAAGAUGUACAGGAGCAGGCGGUGUGGGCUCUCGGAAACAUAGCAGGAGACAGCACGGUGUGUAGAGACUACGUUCUAGACUGCAACAUCCUGCCGCCUCUCCUCCAGUUGCUUUCUAAACAGAACCGCCUCACUAUGACCCGGAACGCAGUUUGGGCUCUGUCUAACCUGUGUAGGGGGAAGAAUCCGCCACCAGACUUUGCCAAGGUGUCUCCAUGUCUGAACGUCCUGUCCUGGCUGCUGUUUGUUAGCGACACGGAUGUACUGGCCGAUGCUUGCUGGGCCCUGUCCUACCUGUCUGACGGACCCAACGAUAAGAUCCAAGCCGUCAUCGAUGCCGGAGUGUGCAGGAGACUGGUGGAGCUUUUAAUGCACAGCGAUUACAAAGUGGUGUCACCGGCUUUAAGAGCUGUCGGGAACAUUGUGACCGGGGACGAUGUACAGACACAGGUGAUUCUGAAUUGCUCGGCACUGCAGAGUUUGCUGCACCUUCUCAGCAGCCCCAAAGAGUCCAUAAAGAAGGAGGCUUGCUGGACGAUAUCCAACAUCACAGCGGGCAACAGGGCACAGAUCCAGACGGUGAUCGACGCUGACAUAUUCCCGGCUCUCAUUAACAUCUUACAGACAGCAGAGUUCAGAACCAGGAAGGAGGCCGCAUGGGCCAUCACAAACGCCACUUCAGGGGGGUCGGCAGAGCAGAUCAAGUAUCUGGUGGACCUGGGCUGCAUCAAACCCCUUUGCGACCUCCUUACCGUCAUGGACUCCAAGAUCGUCCAGGUGGCCCUGAACGGCUUGGAAAACAUCUUGAGACUGGGCGAGCAGGAGGCCAAGCGCAACGGAACGGGCAUAAACCCUUACUGCGCCCUCAUCGAAGAGGCUUAUGGUCUGAAUCGUGUAGUGUUUUUGUCAGAUACGGACUGA